ACAAAUACAUAUGUUGCUAUACUUAGAAUGUAAAAUAUAGUUUGAAUAAAAAAUAUCUGGAGGGGGGAGAAUUAUUUAAAGUCGUUUUUCAAAAUCCCCAACUUUUUGAUUUAAACACCAAUAACUAGUGGUUGGCAUACACGUAAAUGUGUCAUAUCACAAUGAUAAUUUAACGACUCUCCAUUGUGAACGCGGCCUUAUCAAGGUUACAAAUGAACUCAAUUGAUCGUAAUUUAUAUUGUACAACGUCUUAGUGUAAUCCACAAUUUUAUUUUCCUGAGCCGAACAGUAUCACUCAUAAUUCGUCAACACUAUGGACAGUGCGUCGACUCCUUUUCACAUUGGUUCCAGUGAAUCUUCUGGAAAUUUGUCCGACAACAGUUCCUAUUCGGAAAAAUUCAUUGGAGAACCAGCUGAGUACGAUCCUCAGCUCACUCCGGAAAGGGUCAGACUUAACGGAUAUGACUCCAGCGAGACUUUCAGCGACAUGUUGGAAGACGUGCCCGUCAAUUACCGGACGCAUCACACUACUCAGCCAAGACCCGCAUCACCGGUUAUUCAGGUGACUAGAAGAUCCUCGACAGCAUCCCAAUCAGACUCAGACAAGUACGGGACUCUAGAUGAUACAGAUAUGUCUGUGAAUUCACUCACAAGUGUCAACUCAAUAUCGAGUUUGUUAAGGGAAAAACUUUUGAUGAAUAUACAAAAAAUGUCAAAAAACAAAGAAGUACAAGCUGAUUACAAGCUGAGAGCGUUAAUUAUAUUUUUGUUCGUCGUGAUAGUCUGCGUCCUGAAAUUCGCUCACGUCUAUUAUGACCGUCACGUGCUUCAGAAAGCAUAUUUCAAGUACACGAGGUUCAACAAAGACGACCGUUUCUUGCGAUUGUUUGGUGUCGACGGGCACGAGAUAGCGUUCGGUUACCUCGGCGUGGAUCUGGCGGAGAGGGAAAAAGCUUUCGAUUGCUUGGCGGGACACCGUACGCCUUCCAACGCGCAGUGUUUCGAAUGGAUGCAAAAGGCCAGAUUGUAUCUGUCCCACGAGGAAAGACCGGAGGGCCUGAACUGCUACACGGUGGAGUGGUUCAGCCUGACGGAUAAAUAUAACCCCAUAGACUGUUACGAGGACGGCGAACAAUACGGCCAUUGGUAUGGUGGUGGUAGAUCAUUGGGCAUGGCAUGGCCGGUUCAAUUGGGGAGGGUGGAAAUGUCGCCUUUCAUUACCGGACACGUUGGCAGACACCGGUGGGGCAGUGUUCUUGGACGAUACUUUAUAAACUCAAAAGGAGUAGCGAUCACGGUGCACUCUAACACGCCACUGCACGUGUCCAUAAAUGCCGGCCGCGACAACAGGCUAUGCAUAAAGGCGAGCCACGAUGACUUCGCCUACCGCCGGACGACUGACCUGCCCGUCUUGAAUUAUACAAUAUGCUCGGCGCGAAAUAUGAAGACGCUGCAUACGGCCCUUUCCGAGAAAAUGUUGUGGGACGGGCUGAAAGCAUCCGACACCGAGAUCAUAAACUCGCUGCUGACGGAGCCCGUCUGGCAACUGGCGCCAUCCAGAAAAGAAUUACUCAACGAGUCCACAAUGGUCAACUACACAGAGGAUAUCAUAACGCUGGGUUUUAUAAAACAAGGACACGUUUUGUUGAACGAGUUCUGGCAAGCAGAAAUGGGUGAUUUUUCGUUGGACCAAAAGAGAUUUCCCACCAUGAAAGAGACGAUCAACAUAAUCCACAGGAGAGGUUUUCGCAUUGUGGUCACCAUACAACCAUUCAUCAGCACCGAGUCAAGAAAUUUUGCAAAGGCCGUCAGAGAGGGUAUUCUCGUCAAGCAAAUUGGAAAUGAACGUGACGUUCCGGCAUUAACCAGAUAUAAAACUGUGCAAAGUGCUGGCAUGUUAGACAUAACCAACAAAAACUGUGGACCAUGGUUACAGCAGCAGUUGAAAGAUCUCGUGGAAAAAUACCAAUUUGACGCGUUUUACUUAGACAUGGGCUCCGCUUAUGACCUACCGCGGCACUAUCUGUUUGCUGAAAAUCUGACGAAUCCGGACUAUUACAAAUCGCUCUUCACGCAGACCGUUUCAGACAGCGUGAACGUAUUCGGCGUGUCUUCGGCCAUCAGCCGGCCGCCGGCUCCAAUUUUCGUGUCGUUACUGUCACUAGCCUCGACUUGGGACUCACUUCAAGUGAUCAUACCGACUAUGCUUACAUACGGAAUAGUUGGAUAUCCGUUCCUGCUGCCUGGUCCUGUCGGCGGAGACUUUCAAGUCGGAAAUGUUUCAUUGCACGCCUUGAUUCCACCGGACAACCCAUCGAUAGAACUAUUGGAGACCCAAUCGCUAAAAGAAUGCAAGCAACGUGGACAAAACUAUAACGAAAGCCGAGAACUGGUUAUGAGAUGGAUGCAGUUGGCUACGUUUCUACCAGUGAUUAGGUAUGCGAGGCUGCCGAGCGAUUGUGAUCCACAAGUACUCCAGUUAACGAAGAACUUGACUUCACUUCGACAGCAAACAAUCAAUCCAUUGCUGAAGCGUUAUGUCCAAGAAGCAUUGGAAACUGCGGUACCAUUAAUACGACCACUGUGGAUGUUGGACCCGUCAGACACGACGUGCUACAUCGUGAAAGACGAGUUCUCCAUAGGCGAAGAAGUCAUCGUGGCGCCCAUACUAAGACCAGGAGCUACAGAACGCGAAGUCUACUUGCCGGCCGGUGUGUGGCAAGAUGGAAUUGAGGGUAGCUUAAGAAAGGGAUCCAGAUGGAUACACAACUACAAGAUACCAUUGGACAAAAUCGCGUAUUUCGUUAAAAUGCCGAACAACACUAGAUUUUAAUCAAUAAUUAUUUAGUAUUAUUAUAACAGCUGGGGAAGUGCCGGUAUCUAGUUAUCGGUUCUUUGAAAAUCGAAAGAACCGAUAAUUGUUGGUUCAAGCAUAAUUAUUUAUCGAUACCAGUUAUUUUUUUUCAAAAAGAAACAAUAAACUAAACAUUUCUAUUAGUUCCAAAGAUGAUACCUAAUCUUACUUAAAGAAGCCAAAUAUGAGUCCAGAUACUUACAUAUUCCAAUAUUUGAAAAAGGAUUAUGACUUUCCUAGAGUACAACAUUAUUUGUGCUCUACCAGAAACUGUUUUUCCUUAAAGACUUUUUUCAACAUUAGGGUUGAUUUUUGAUGAGAAUAGAAGCAGACUUAGCCCAAACAAAGUGAGGAUGUUGGUGUUUCUCAACAAAAAUCUAAGUAAAUAAAUAAUUAGGAAUUAAAUAAAAAAAAAAAAUAUUAGUAGAUUAUAAUUAUUAUUUAUGGUUUUUAUACAAAUUCUGAAUGCAUAUUAAUACAAUUCUUUAUAAAUGAAUUGUUUUUAUUUUAAAUAAAAUUAAAAAAAAAAGAAUCGGUAUCAAAACCUUUAUGUAUAUUAGAAUUGAACAAGAAACGAAAUCGAUGAUUUUUUUGAGAACCGAUCCAUCACUAAUUUUAAUAUUAUAUUAGUUUUUAAUUAUAAAAGUAAUAAUAUGAUAAUUAAUUCAGUAGAUUCGAUUAUAAAUGUUUUAGGUAUUUUUUUUUUUUAUAAAUUAUCUUUCUCAUUUAAUAAACCAUUUACAAUAUGCUCCAUUUAAAAAUUUAACUGAUGGAAUAGUUGACAUUAUUCAGUGUAUAUUAUUAACGUCAAAUGCUUUCUGUUUUGUGUGAUAAAAAUUGUAAAACACGUAAAAAUCAACAUUUUAUAAUUUUAAAAUAAAUUUUCAAACAUAAUACAAUAAAUAGUAAAUCUGAUAUAACAUAUAUUUUAUAUUUCUGUAAGAUCGUAUUAAUAUUUCCAAAAAAAUCAUCUACUUAACUAUUAUCACUAAAAAUAUUGGUUCUCACUUUAAAACAAAAUUGUAUCAGCACAUGAUACUCCUUUAAUAAUAUCUAAAAAUACAUUACUACCUAUUUGAUCCUUAAGUAUACUAAAGAAAUCAAAAAAUCAGAAUUUAAAUAAACUCAUCACCUAUUAAAGGAAAAUGAAAAUAAACAUGCUUAUAUCGUAUCAUCAUAAAUAUGUAUUAUAAUCAAAAUUAAAAAAAACCCAUUUUUCAAUACUUUACAGAGAUGGAUUAAAAUCGAAAAGAUAUUGUAUUUUAUGACUUGGUUUAAUAAUUAAAAAAAAAAAAAAACAUAAAUAACGACGAGAGGUUCGUGUGUGUAAAACGCGCAAAUAUCGCGUACUUACAUGCAAUUAAUUAAUUACGAGAUUCACUGUUAUAGUUCAACUUUAGAUAAUAACAACGCUAAACGUCGACAGUCAACCAACUGCUUUACAGAUUGACUUAAGAUUAAUUAACAGUAUUGUAAUAUUUACGACCAUGUAUUACGUAGUUUUUGAUAUUCUACAGCAUAGUAUUUAUUAAUGACUUGUAAAAAUAAACAUGAAAAAAAAACUAUAUUAAAAACAAGUAUUUAGUGAAAAUAAAAACGAUUAUUUUAAAAACAACAGAAAAUAGGUACCUCUCCCUUCGUUCAAAAUUUAAAAGUGUAAUUAAUUAGGAAAAAAUUUGUAUAAAACAGACUGUUUCAACAUUUAAAAAUAAUUUAAAUAAAAACAUCAGUUUUAACCAGAGAGGAAAUCGUUAAAAUAUCACAUCGCAUAUUUUUAGUGCCGUAUACAUUAUGAUGAGUUAGAAUAUUAUAUAUUAUGAUUUAUUUGACUAAAUAUUAUAAGCCUCUACCAUUUUUUUUUUUUAAUUUGUACUAUUAUUUAAUAUAUUAAUUACAUUUAUCAUUUUAUUGCAAAUUAGCAUAACAUUAUGUUUUUAGAGAAUUAAAAAAAUAAUUUUUUCAAUAUUAUUAUAAUAACACCUAAAACAAUUUAUUCUUCUUUCACUAGAUUAAAAUUUAUUAAACGGAUACAAAAUUAAAAUAGGUUGUUUUUGGAUCACAAACCUGGAAUGUGACAGUUUCUAAAUUAAAAUAAUCAAAAUAUGCUCUCGUUUAAUUUAUCGUUAUAGAUAUUGUGAAAAAAUUGAACCAGAAUAUUUUAAAUUUAAUUAAAAAAAAUCUCAACUAUGGUUAAUUAACCAUGGGUCAUAUUGUAAUUGUAUAACUUAUUAUGUAACCUGUAAGUUAUAAAUUAAUUAUUUGUUUGUUUGUAGUUAAAACUUAAAAUAUAUAUGUAUACUGUAUUGUAUAAAUUAUAUUCAACUGAGAUAUAAAAUAUUAUACAUAGAUAAUAAUUAUCACAACGUCUGUUUUCAUUUAUAGUGUUUAUGUGAACAUUACGCAAAUAUUUAACAAUAUUAAUUAAUGGAAAUAUUCUUUGGCUAUUCAUUUUUUCCCGACAAUAAAAUGUGUAAAAAGGACAUUUUCUGCUGCCAAAAACCUUAAAGUUUUUACAAAGUCCAAUUAAUUUUUAAUUUCUCUUUGAGUUAUCAACAUUCUUCCGUUGUAAAUAAAAAGUUUCCAGACUAUUUGCGUAUAAUAAACAUCCCGCACAUCAUAAAUUAAAGAUUAUAAUAAUAACUAUAAUAUCCUAUUACAAUAUGCGAUCCAUGAGAUUAUAUUAAUUAAUCAGGACGACUGUCGACUGCAAACUGGACAAGAACUUAAUUAUUUUUACUGGUUUUCCUGAUAAAAAAACGUGUGCCAAUCGUAAUUCGUUAUUUUGACCGUCCAAAUCGUUUUUGUCAAACACAUAUUAUAAUUACUACGAUCGUCGAUGGAUUCUAAAUAUUAGAAUCUUGUUUUAAGUGUUUCGUGAAUUCGAUGGCGUUUCGGUCAGCUGUUAUUUUGUAUCCAGUUAUCGAAUGAAUGUUUACAGAAUAAAAACAGAAGGCUAGAACAAUAGUAGGAUGAAAAAAAAAAUUAUCGUAAAUAUUAUGCGUUCGAUGUUAAAACCAUAUAUAAUUAUUAUUGUUUUUGUGUAAACACAGCUGCAAUAUGCCUAAAACCGUGUGUAAUACUAAAAAACUGCGAUAUCGAAUUUCAACAGUAACUCCAAAAUGAACGCAAGCGAAACACUCGUCAAAGUCAUCGUUUUCGUCGUUCUGUGUUUCGUCGUUUCGUUGAUCGUCGUGCCGCGUCUUAAAGUAUGUUCGGCCUGACGGGGAAAAUGGCACGCCGUCACAAUGUCAUCGUCGGACCACCACCAAUAAGUCUCCUUAGACGUUCUUAGGCUGCGGUUACGGAAAAAACUGAGGAAAAUUCCGAAACUCGCAUUAUUACGUUGCCACGAAAGUACACCAUCAGAAAUAAUAUAAUUAAUAAGAUUAAGAAAUCAGAAGACCUAUUAAAUCUAAAAAUGAUAAUUGAAACAUAAUUCAGAAACAAAACAGACUUACAUUUCUAAUAAAAUUGUUAUUACUUUUAAAACUAAAAAUAAUAAAUGUUAACCCAUUUUUUGAUAUAA